ACCAAAUCUCUCUCUCUCCCCCCUCUCCCACUCCUCCUUUUACUCAUCCUUUUAAAGACUUUCCCUCUCUGUCUCUCCAAAAACAAACAACCGUCCUCCAUCCCCCUGUCUUGCUUCUUUCUCUCUCUACACCAAACCCUAAAUAAACCCCAUUCGCCCUCGCCACCUCUAUUGCAUGUUCCGUUCCUCUCCUUAGUUGUUAUCUUCUUCGUCCUUGUCUUUCCCUCGCUCUUUAUAUCUUCUCUCUUUCUCUUCCUCCAACCAAAACCGAAACUACAGAGCAAGAGAAACACAGACCAAACAAAGAGAGAAGUCCAUUUUCAUGGCAGUUGAAGCGCGGUAUCUCAAUCUCUUUCCCUCUCAACUACUCGGGAACAGAGAAAUGAUGAACAUGAUUGGAAACAACAAUAAUAUCUACAAUACCCAGAUGGGUUUGGGCGCUAUUCCCUUCUCAACAGCCACCACAACUGCAGAAACUCUUCUUCCUUUCUACAACUCUGUUAUGGCUGAUCCAGUUACUGCAACAACCACAACCCUGAAAGCAGAUAGUGGUCUCACUUACAACAAUAUCCCAGUCUCCAUCUCAAGGAAACUUUCCAGAGAUUCAUCAAUGGUCGCCUUACCCUGUUCCCCAAAAGACAACAACAACAACAAUAGGAGUAGUUGCAGCAGUGUUGCUCCUCUGUCCUUCCUCGGGGAAGACAUUACCUUUCAGAUCCAACAGCAACAAUUAGAGAUCGACCGCUUCGUUGCCCAACAUACGGAGAAGGUUCGGAUAGAAAUUGCAGAGAGAAGGAAACGGCAUUCGAGAAGAUUAAUGGCUGUUCUUGAAGAAAGGAUCACAAAGAGAUUGAAAGCCAAAGAAGAAGAGAUCGAGAAAAUUGGAAAACUGAAUUGGGUUCUUGAAGAAAGAGUUAAAAGUCUGUGCGUAGAGAAUCAGAUAUGGAGAGAUUUGGCACAAACAAACGAAGCCACAGCCAACGCACUACGAAGCCACCUCGAACAGGUGUUAGCACAGGCUAAAGACGAGUGCCACCGUGGCGCACCAGAGGACGAGGCAGUAGCAGCAGGAGCAGUAGUGGCUGACGACGCUGCGUCUUGCUGUGGGAGUAGUGAUUAUGGUGCGGACGAGGAGGAAGUUGGCAGUCAGCGCACAUUAGUCGAGGCCGCUAGAGAUGGUGGUCGGAGUAGGAAUAACGGUGGUGGGAUGAGUGGGAACAGGUGGUGUAGAAACUGUGGAAAGGAGGAGUCGUGCGUGUUAUUGCUACCGUGUAGGCAUCUCUGUCUCUGCACUGUCUGUGGGUCCACCCUCCACACCUGCCCCAUAUGUAAAUCCAACAAAAACGCCAGUGUGCAUGUUAACAUGUCCUCUUCAUGAGUUACAGAGAAAUUGUCAAAAAUAGAAAAAAAAAAAUCAAAAUUUACAAACUCCAAAACGCAAAUUGUAUCUAUCUUGAUCUUGACAAUUUUUUGAUUUUUUCAUGCUU